AUGUCUGACUCUCAAGCUCUCUCAAUCUUUCUCAAGUCUCCUGUUUCGCAGGAGAUGAUCCACCAUUUGGUGGUUGCGACUUUGCAGGUGAUACCUGACAAAACUGAAACAGCAUAUCCUCUGUCGCCUCCACACUCGCCAAAGAAGAACUCUAAGGAAAGAGUGCUACCUUCUUUGAUGACCUUCAUCACCAAGCUGGUGAGAUACACAAACGUUUACACGGGGACAUUAAUGUCAACACUUGUAUACCUAGAGAAGUUGAAGGCCAAACUUCCACAGGAUGCCCAGGCAUUGCCAUGUACUAGACACAGAAUCUUUCUGGCAUGCCUGAUCCUGUCCGCAAAAUAUCACAACGACUCAUCGCCAAAGAACAAGCACUGGACGAGGGCAACCGAGGGAUUUUUUUCAAGAGAGGACGUGAACCUCAUGGAGAGACAAUUACUGUAUCUGUUGGACUGGGAUUUGAAGGUUGAGGAGAAGGACCUAAUUCCCACUCUUUCAAGGUUCUUGGAACCAAUCAAGAACGAUAUCAGGAGAUCUGCCAAGAUCCGUCGCAGUCUCUUGAUCCAAAAACAGAGACAAAACCAUAUUCACCACAGAUCCUCGUCGUUCUCAUACGCAAUGCCAUCUCUCUCCUCCUCCAACUCUUCAUCUUCUGUGGCCACCACAGUUUCGUCUCAGAAUUCGUCGUACGGUUCAUCACCCUCGGCGCCGUACGAGUCUCACUCCAGAAGCUCGUCGGUGUGCUCCACACUUUCAUCGUACUCGUCAAGCUCCGAGUAUGAAUAUCAGACCCCGGUGGUCCAAAGAUCAAACCUGCCUCAUUCAAACGCCAUCAAGACUGGUCUCAACAACCAUGUGGUUAUCCUCGGUGAACCUGCUCUGGACGAGGUUGUUGCAAGAGAGGAACACCAGCUGGAGACAUUGAUGAGACAAUACUGCACAUCGACAUACUGA